UUUCCCACCGUGCCCUUCGCAGGGCGGACAGCGCUUCCUUGUCGAGAUGGCGGCUCCCUUGACUCUGCUGUUGAUUUUAGCUGUUACGAUCCGAGCGGCUCUGUUCAGAUCCAACUUGGCGGAGCUGAUCGCGGAGAGGGUGGAGGUGGUGUCUCCGAUCACCGCCUGGAAGAGAGUGGUUGAAGGUUUGGCUCUGCUCGACUUGGGAGUUUCACCGUAUUCUGGAGACGUUUUCCAUGAGACUCCCCUCAUCAUUUACCUCUUUCACUUUGUGGUGGACUAUGCAGAGAUCACAUUUAUGUUGGCAGAUGUGAUCACUGCUGUGGCUCUCUACAUGGCCGUCAAGGACUACAACAAACAGGUGUUCAGAAAGCAGAAGUUUGCCUUGGAGGCAGACCGCUAUCCUCUGGACUGUUUGGAGCUCAUCAGAAGCCCCAAAGAAAUGUACUACAUCCCUCUGAAAGUAGCCAUGUUUUACCUGUUGAACCCGUUCACCAUCCUGUCCUGUGUCGCCAAGUCGACAUGCGGCUUGAACAACGCUGUCGUCGCCCUGUUCAUCCUCUCUACCAUAAAGGGAAACGCUCUGCUGAGUGCCAUAUUUCUGUGCUUGGCCACCUAUCAGUCCAUCUAUCCUCUGACUCUGUGUGCUCCAGCAAUGCUGUAUCUGAUGCAGCGUCAGUACAUCCCGGUGAAUUUUCGGCGAGCCAGCUUCUGGUGGUUCAUCGCUCAGUACCUCUUCAUGUACCUCGGCAGCCUGUUUGUCCUCAUCUGUCUCUCGUUUUUCCUUCUCGGCUCCUGGGACUACAUGCCGUCCGUCUACGGCUUCAUUCUCUCUGUUCCUGACUUGACCCCGAACAUCGGCCUCUUCUGGUAUUUCUUCGCUGAGAUGUUUGAACAUUUCCGCCUCUUCUUCCUCUGCGUCUUCCAGAUCAACGUUUUCUUCUACACCAUCCCCCUGUCUGUCAAACUCAAGGAGCAUCCAGUGUUUCUGAUCUUCAUGCAGUUAGCCGUGAUCUCCAUCUUUAAGUCGUACCCCACAGUGGGAGACAUUGCACUCUACAUGGCCUUCCUCCCUGUCUGGAGUCAUCUGCACAGAUUCUUGAGGAACAUCUUCCUGGUGUCCUGCGUCCUGCUGGCCUGUUCCACUCUGUUCCCCGUCCUCUGGCACCUCUGGAUCUACGCCGGCAGCGCCAACUCCAACUUCUACUACGCUAUAACUCUGCUGUUCAACGUGGCGCAGAUCCUGCUGGUGUCGGAUUAUUUCUAUGCCUUCUUGAGGAGGGAACACCACCUUACCUACGGACUGUAUCUGAAGAGGAAGGACGGGUCUGAGGCCACGCUCGUUCUGAAAUAAAACGCUCCCGUCCAGCCUCUGCAGGGAGGAGGAAAAUGCUCGAACAAACACCAAGUGAGGAGGAUAAAACACUCUCAUCCUCAAACCGAUCAAAAGCACACAUGCAGACCGUGUGCACGGUACAACGUCAUAUGCAAACAACAGAACCGCAACAAACUACAUGACUGACACAUGUGGGAUGUAGACAUGUGGCUCCGUCUCCUCUGGAGUGCUCUUAUUUUGAAGCAUCACUCCACCUGGAACCUACCUGCUGGGGUGGCUUUUGUUUUGAAGAUUUCUUCCUUCUGUCAGCCACUCUGGAUGAAUUUUAUUUUGUUUAUCCGGCAGUUCCUGCUUUUAUUAUGAAGACACAACUUCCAACACAGAAUAAAACGUCCCAAAGGGGGAGGCUUUUAUUUUGAAGCCUUGUGUAAACACCAAGAGGAGUUUUAAAAAUGUGGGAAUCUGACACUAAUUUGAUCAUUUGACACCCAGCUCGCCCACACACUCUAUUUUUUGUUGUUUUCUGUUUACCUGUUAACAUCUGUGUGGGGGAAAAGCCAGAAGAAAGUCUGGAAUCAUUCUCUUCCUCACUGUUUUCUAUUUUAUUUCUAACUAACAAAUCCUACAUGGUCAUUGUUGCAUCUCAUCUCAAGUAGAAACCAGCCAGACCUCGUACAAAUGUACUACUCGGGAUUGUGAUCUUUUCAGCUGCCUAAAAACUGAAGUCACUAAAACCUCCAACAUGACUUACAUGAAUAACUAACAGUUCUUACUGCUAACAGAGAGGAGAGCAAAGACAACAGUGAAUGUGUUUUAACAACUGCAGCAUCUGUGGAGACAGGAAUAAAAAUUACCGAUAUCGUUAUAAUAAUGACCACAUUAAUGUUAUCUAGUCCCAUUUUAAUCCUAUAGCGUCCACCAAAUGAAUCAGUAAUGAGGGAAGUUUUAUAGUUUCCUCUGGUUUUUGCAUGUAAUCAGUGAAUUCUUUGUUAAACCUAGCUAAUUUUCGCAUUUAAAAUGAAUCAUUAUCAUUGCAUGUUCCUAGAGGUGUUUUAGGACGAGAGGCGAAUCAACAGCUUAAAGACGAGUGUGGCAUUUUUAGGAAAUAUUUGCCUUCUUGCUGAGAAUGAGAUAAAAAAAAAAAAAACUCUGUGUGGUAAAAACAAAGCUACAGCCAGGAGGUUAGCUUAGCAUAAAGGCUGGAAACAAAGCCCCAAUAAACAGACACUACUGAGGGGAUUAAACCAAGUUCUAACAUGUUAACUGGUGACUUUUAGAGGUGCUGGUAGGUAGAGUUUAGGCUAGCUGCUUCCCCCCAUUUCCUGACUGUACGCUAAGCUAAGCUAAGCUAAGCUAAGCUAACCAUCUCCUUUAUUUAUAGAGUGUCCAAAAUCCACUCUACACACUAAUGGAGAGUUUACUCCAGACUAAAGUCACUGUUUUAGCUGUCAGGGUAUGAAAAUGAACACAUUUGGAAAUGGGUUUUACGGGAGGUGUUUUAACUAUUUUAACUGGCUACAGGUGUGAAAGCAGAGGUGUAAUUAACAACCAGUCCCAUUUAGGGUCCCAGUACGCCGUAACUGAACCAGCAUAAACAAAAGCAGGACGCCUGUGCUUUCCCUGCUCAGAUGAGUCUAAAUGUUUCCCCUAAAUAACGAUUGCAGCAGCAGAGUUCCAUUAUCAUUCAUUCACAGUCAAGAUUGUACCAGCCCAAUUAUUUUUUCAUCCAGCAUCUCUUCAGCUGCUAAAUAAUCCAGUUUGUUCACCAGUUGGGGAAAAUAGCUGCUGGCUGCUGCCAAGCAAAGGCCCAGAGAGUGAAAUAAAAGGGUGAAGUUGUAAGUUUAAGCUCUGUGAAGCUGAGAGGAGACGCAGACUGAGCUGGUUCAUCUCUGAGGGUUCAUCCUCCAAGCAAACGUUCACAUUGUUGCUUCAUAUGCUGGUAAAUCAGUGAUUAGUCACAAAAUGUCUGUCUUAACUGAUUUGUUCUGUUCUCAGAUGUCCAAUAGCAGCAACAUUCAUCCACACUGACCAGAAAUACACUUUUUUCCCCAGUAAGAAGUCACUCCACUCUGAAGAUGAAUCAAUUUAUCUCAACUACUGAACUAAUCAUUGCAUAUUUUGAUUGACUGAUAAGUUUGGGUGAUUUUUUUUAAGAGAAAAGUCUAAAUUGUCUGAUUUCGGCCUCUUAAAUCUGAAUAUUUUCUUGUUCUUUUACCCGCUCUGACAGUGAACGGAAUAUCUUUGUUGGUGGACAAAUCAAGACAUUUGAGGUGGUCGUCUUGGGCUUUGAGAAACACUAUUUUAUGACAUUUUAUAGACUAAACAACUAAUGAACUACUCCAGAAAAUGAUCAACAGGUUGAUAAUGAAAAUACUCAGAAACAGUUUGUAAAGUAGAACUGAGGCAUGAAAUCGCUCAUGUUUUCCCGUCUUUUAGCAUUUGCUUUUCCUUCCUUCUUUAUCAGGAAACUGUAUUUUCAUCCUGACAUGGCAGAACAUUUCUGCCUUCAGUAGAGGUCACUGAGGGUGGAUUGAAUUCACAAAUUUAAAAAAAAGCCUUAAACAGCCUCUGAAGUGUCAGGAAAGGACUGAAAGAUGAACUUUUACAAGACAUUUUAAUCUGUAUUAUGAAGACAGCUGAUAAAAAAAGUUAUGGUUUUAGUUACUCUCAGAUGUGAAAAAAUCAAAUGUUUAUAACUGUAAUAAACUGAUUUUCAUGUGAAAUGAAAAAUAACUGCUUAGUGUCCAAGUACAUGAGAAUAUUAAGUGACAACAUAAACAAAGUCUGUUGUUGAACUCCUCACCUGUUAAGGCGGGAACAGCGGCCAUUUUGAUACCAAUGCCUGAGAAAUAAUUUCUGAUAUUUAUUUAUUUGCUGCACUGAAACCUUUGAAGAGAUUUAUUAUUUUCUUUAUUUUUGAGAAGAAGGAGGAGCUCUUGAGUUCUUUUGAUACUGUUGUGUAUAUCUUCCUUUGUUUGAUUCAGGGUUGGACAGGGCUGAUAUUAUGUUUGAUGAAUGAGUGAACAUGUCAUAAAUGUUGAUUAAACCUGAGGUGUUGGUUCA